GUAAUUUUGUUUUGAAUGAAAAAUCAAUAAACAAUAAAAAAACUAAAAAAAAAAAGUAAUUGAUAAUUUGUUACAAAAUGAAGAGAUUAGCAAUUUUCCCUCUACUUUUGGCGCUAAUUGUUUUCAUUAGUUGUGGUUUUUCAGUGGCUCAGACUUAUGUAGAUUCGUUGCCAAGCUUGGAUGAAGCUGGAGCUGGAAAAACACCGUCUGAAUCUCCAACCGCAGAACCUCAUGCUGGAGUCAUGUACUUAGAGAACGUAGAGGAACCACCAUGUAUGCAGACUAAUGAUCAAUGUAUUGAUGAUCAAUGCAGUGAUCAUUGCCAGAAAAAUCAUGCUCAAGAUGGAAAUUGUAUAGCUCUUCCUGAUAAAAAUUUAUGUUGUUGUGGUAUGUAAUAUUAAACUAUGUCGUUCGAUUAGAUAUAAUCUAAAACAAGUCAUCUUAUUUGGGAAUUGAUUCCCAUAAUAAUUUCCCUUGGAUUUAUUGAUUGAUAAUUUAUGAUGAAUUCUUACCAUUUUAGAAGUAACAAGUUUAUUCUAUCAAAAUGCAGUUGCAUUUUAUAAUUUUGUAACACUCAAUGUAUUAUAGGU